AUGAACGGCCACUUUUCCGCCGUCGGCAACACGUCGGCGGCCGGCGACAACUACCAGCAUGGCGUCCAGGUCAUCGACGAAGAAAAGGAGUUCAACCAAAACUUGAACAGCUACCUCCGCGCCACUCACGUCGCCGAGUCGGGGUUCAACUAUCAUCUCAUCUCCGUCUUUGGCUCCCAGUCCACCGGCAAGUCCACCCUGCUUAACAACCUCUUCGGCACCGAAUUUUCCGUAAUGUCGGAGACGGAGCGUCGCCAGACGACCAAGGGCAUCUGGAUGUCCAAGAACAAGCGCGGCGAGAGCGCCGGCGCCAAGAUGGCCGACAACAUCCUCGUCAUGGACGUCGAGGGCACCGACGGUCGCGAGCGUGGCGAGGAUCAAGACUUUGAGCGAAAGAGCGCCCUGUUCGCCCUUGCCACGAGCGAAGUCCUGCUUGUCAACAUCUGGGAGCACCAGGUCGGUCUGUAUCAGGGCGCCAACAUGGGCUUGCUCAAGACCGUCUUCGAGGUCAACCUGCAGCUCUUCCUCAAGGACAAGCAAUCCACGCCGAGAUCCCUCCUCUUCUUCGUCAUUCGCGACCAUCUGGGAACGACGCCCCUUUCAAACCUGCGAACGACGCUCGUCCAGGACUUGACCAAGAUUUGGUCCACCAUCUCGAAGCCCCGCGGCCUCGAGAGCGCCAGGAUAGAAGACUACUUCGACUUUGCCUUCGCCGCCCUCCCCCACAAGAUUCUUCAGGAGGAAAGGUUUAGGAGCGAGGUCCAUCAGCUCGGCGCGAGGUUUGCGACCGGCCACAGAGCUGGCAAGGCGGGGGGCCACGGCGACCAAGAGCUCGAAGGCGGCAUCUUCCUGCCCGAAUAUCACCGACGCAUCCCCGCCGACGGCUUUUCCGCCUACGCCGAGGGCAUCUGGGACCAAAUCGUCAACAACAAGGACCUCGACUUGCCGACGCAGCAAGAGCUCCUCGCACAGUUCCGCUGUGACGAAAUUGCGCGCGAGGUCCUCGUCGCCUUCGACCUCGUCGUUGCGCCCCUCGAGGAGCAGCAGACCGAGGCGACGAGACUGGGCAAGAUCUUGGUUCUGUCGGCGCUCGGCGCCACGGGGAGCAGCGCGCGCGAGAAAAUCUUCACCGCCUUUGAGGCGCAGGCAAGCCGCUAUCACAAGGGAACAUACGUUCGAAAGAGGUCCGAGCUCGAGGCAAAGGUCGAUGCGAGGCUCAAGUCGCUGUACCAGGCACAGCUGGCGGCCGCUCACAAGGCCGGCGUCGCCGCUUUCAGCGAGGCCGUCGCUCACAAAGUCAAGGCAGGCCAAAAGGCCGGCGGAGCGUACGAGUUUGCCGAAAUCGUCGCCAACGAGAAGAAGAAGACGCUCGAAAUCUACGAGGCCGAAGCCAAAGAGCUCGCGAUGGAGGGUGUCGCCUGGACCAACUUCCGGGCGCAGUACCAGCUGUUCGAGACGGAGCUGGCCGAGGUCAGCGCGAAGCUGCGCAAGGAAGAGAUGCGCCGGCUGGCGACGCGCGUCGAACGCUGGGUGAAGUCGCGGCUGGGAGAUGCCGUCGGCAUCGAGUUCAACAACCUCGGCUCCGGCAAGGGCGGCUCCACCGCCGCCCCGGAAGGAGAGAAGCCGCCAAGCGAGAAGGAUCUCUGGGACAGGAUCUGGAACGUCUUCACCGGUAUCGUCAAGGAAGCCGAGGAACGGUUCGCGGAUCGAGCCAAGAGCUUCGAUGCCACCGACGACGAGGCUGACGUUGGCAUGUGGCGCUUGCGCCGGAAGAGCUGGGUCGGUCUCCGGGAGAAGAUCGAGGAGGAGGUGAUGGAGGGCAACAUCCUCCUGAAGCUUCGGGAGAACUUUGAGGACAAGUUUCGCUACGACGAAGCGGGCGUGCCACGGAUAUGGCGGCCGACGGACGACAUCGAGGGUCUCUACACGAAGGCGAGGGAGUCGACCCUGACGCUCAUCCCGCUCCUGUCGAGGUUCCGGCUGUCGGGUACGUACGCGCCGCCGAACCUGCCCGGCUUCGUCGGACCUCAACCGCGCGGGGUCGAGGUCGGCGACGAGGAAGACCUAUCGCCGAUCGGCGGCGUCGACGAGGACGAAGGCAAGAGCCUCGAAGAGGAGAUGACGGUGCUCAGCGAGAGCAAGAGGCAGGAUCUCGUGGUGCGCUUCAAGAAGACGGCCGACGGGGUCUACGUCGAAGCCAAGCGCAGCGCCAUUGGCGGCAUCGCCCAGAUACCGUGGUACUUUUACGCCCUCCUCCUGGCGCUCGGCUGGAACGAAAUCUUCAUGGUUCUGCGGAACCCGUUCCUGUUCAUCCUGAUCAUCAUGAUUGCCGGGGGGACCUACGUGGCCUACACGCUCAACCUUCUCGGCCCCAUGGUGCAGAUGAGCAACGCUGCAUUCACGCAAGGCAUCGACAUUGCCAAGGAGCAGCUACGCGACUUCAUCGCCAACUCGGAGACGGCGAGGCAGGCCCUGGCGGUGCCGGCGUCGACGAGCGCACGCGAGGACAUCAACAUGGACACGUUGGAUAGCAGGGGGAAACGGGCGGCCAAGCCGGCGGACGAUGACGAGAUUUGA